AUGGACAUGAAGGAGAGGAGUCUGGUGGAGGACUUUGUGAAAUGGUGCAGGUCGAACCAUCUACAGCUGAACACCUCCAAGACCAAAGAAAAUGGUUGUGGACUCCCGGAGGACCGAUUGGCAUUCCGCCGUUUUUUCUCCCCCCUGUCACAAACACGAUCAUCUUUUGUUGUCGCCGGUGAAUCGCGGAGGCUUCUGCGGUGGGAACGACCCGCGGAGGAGGUCGGUGUGUGUCCGGAGGAGCGGGGCAGGGGAGCCGUUGUGAGGUGUGUUGUGGCCGGAGCCGUCAUCAUUGCGUCGGAGUGGAGUUGCCGUGGCAGCCCUGACGGGGCGCAGGAGGAGGGUGCCGAUGGAGAGGGACUGCCUGAUGGGGCAGACCGUGCAUUGGACGGCGACCCUGAGGGAGUAUGGAGUCCAGACAUCGAGCAGAGCUUUCAGGAAGCUCUGGCCAUCUACCCUCCCUGCGGCAGGAGGAAGAUCAUACUGUCAGAUGAGGGGAAGAUGUAUGGUCGAAAUGAGCUGAUAGCUCGUUAUAUUAAGCUACGAACAGGGAAGACACGCACACGCAAACAGGUGUCUAGUCACAUUCAGGUUCUGGCACGCAAGAGGGUACGAGAAUACCAGGCGAGCAUCAAGGUCUCUAGUCACCUGCAAGUUUUGGCCAAGAGAAAGUCUCGUGAGAUUCAGUCUAAGCUGAAGGCCAUGAACUUGGACCAGGUUUCCAAAGACAAGGCUCUGCAGACAGUAGCCAACCUCUCAUCAGCUCAGAUUGUGUCUGCGAGUGUAAUGAAACCCCAGACUCCCUUUCCUCCACCAGUCAGAUUUUGGCCCGGCCCUAUGCCAGGACAGCCUGGACAUUCUCAGGACAUUAAGCCCUUUGCACAGCCGCCAUACACUACACUACCAGCCCCUGUCCCAGCUCCAAUCAGUUAUGAGCCCCUACCGCCACAUCGCCCUGCAGCUAUAGCAGCGCCUGUAUGGCAAGACAGAACCAUCGCCUCUGCAAAACUACGGCUACUGGAGUUCUCUGCUUUUAUGGAGACGCAGAGAGACAGAGAGGCGUAUAAACACCUUUUCGUGCACAUUGGCCCAUCGAACCCGAGCUACAACGACCCUGUGUUGGAGUCCAUAGACGUGAGGCAGAUUUACGACAAGUUCUCUGAGAAGAAGGGCGGCCUAAAGGAGCUGUAUGAAAAAGGGCCGCACAAUGCGUUCUUCCUCGUCAAGUUCUGGGCGGAUCUGAGCAGUGACAUCGAGGAGGGCUCUAGUGCUUUCUACGGUGUGAGCAGUCAGUACAGCGGAACAGAAAACAUCACUAUCAGCGUCUCGACAAAGGUCUGCUCCUUUGGUAAACAGGUGGUGGAGAAGGUUGAGACGGAAUAUGCACAUCUGGAAGGAGGAAAGUACGUGUUCCGCAUCCAUCGGUCGCCCAUGUGUGAAUACAUGAUCAACUUCAUCCAUAAACUCAAACACCUGCCGGAGAAAUACAUGAUGAACAGUGUACUGGAGAACUUCACCAUCCUACAGGUGGUGUCCAACAGAGAAACACAGGAGACUCUGCUGUGCAUCGCCUUUGUGUUUGAAGUGUCCACCAGUGAACAUGGAGCGCAGUACCAUGUUUAUAGACUAGUUAACGACUAGCAGCACGUCUCGUGCAUGCAGAGACUCUCCACAGACUUUUUUAAUUACAUAGAGUAUAAACACUAUUUCCAGCUCAAACACACAGAAACCCCACUCCUCUACUCUAAACACAGACCAACAGUCCCACUGUAGUCACACCUGUUGUUCAAUGUAAAUGUAUUUCUUCAGUAUCCCAUGACUUAAAGGUCCCAUAUUGUAGCAAGUGACAUUUUCAUGAUAGUUUUUAUUAUGAAGCUGGUUGGAGUGCUGUAUAAAUACUGUGAAAGUAUCAAAGCACUCAGGUCAUGGAGAAAUGUGCACAGCCUGUGUUCUGAAAACUGCCUUAAAAUAAGCCGUCAGGACUCCUGUAACUUUAUAAUGUCACAACGACAUAAACCACUCCUCUCAGCCUUGCCCCCAGCACCAGUUUAGUCUGGUUUAGAUGGCUUGUUGGGUUCAUUUACAUUUUACCUGUAAGUCUUACCAAGCGUUGGCAAUAGGCUGCAAAGACCAUCUGUGAGUCACCGAGCUGUUGUUGGUGCUCCAGAGGGGAGCGGGAGAGAAGAGAUUUUAAACUACAUUAAGACGGUUUCUGAUAUAUCUUCUUAUGGAAAUCAUAACUAAAAGUAUUGUGUAAAGUAAGUAUAACAUAUGGGACCUUUCAAACAAUUGAUUAUUUGUGGAUUUCAAAACAAAACCUUUUCUUUAUCAUGAAGCAUUUUAUUGUUAUCCAGUGUAAUUAUUUAAUCACAGAAACCUCUGUGCACAACGUCAGGUUCAAAAUAUCACAGUUUUUAAUGACAAGUUUAAGUCACUAAAAACAAACACUAAUAUGGCACUCCGUAGAGUGUAUACCGCAGCCACGGUCAAAUAGUCCUAUGUCUAGCUCUUAUAAUAGAGGAAUAAGAGAAAAUACGACGUAGUCUGGUCAUCUGCACCAAAAUGUACCGAUUUCCUGGCCUGUCCUCCAUCCCUCCACCAAGUUUUGUGCAAAUGAGUUCAAUGCUUUUUGCGGAAUCCUGCUAACAAAUAAACACACACCUGUAAACACUAGAAUGGAACUCAGUAGAAUGCUGCUAAAGCUCAUUAAUCCUCUUAAAUUCAAUCAAGCCGCAUAGAUAUCAGUUCUCUAAAUAUGUCAGAUUUUAUUUCAUCAAGAUCCGUUAAUUAUUCCCUCGGAAAUCUAUGAAAAAAAUAACAAAACACCUAUCUCCAGCCAAGUUUCCUGGAAGUCAGUUGAGUAGUUUGUUGCAUAAUCCUGCUGACGGACAGGGGUGACAACAUAACCUCCUUGAUGGAGGCGCAGAAACCAGCAAACUAUAUUAAAUCAAGUUUAAUAUGGGAUAUCCUGAAAUUGUAUACAAUCAGUAUGUACCUGUGACCUUUUUCAUGCACAUGCAUUUACGUCAUGGGUGUGACAGAUGUGAGACCAGUUUGAAUAUAGGUUGUGCAAAUCAUGUAGCCAGUGUUAAUGUAAACUAUGCCACAGUGACUUUCUUCUACUGUUCAUAUCGUCUCUGUACAGUAGGAAAUGAUUGAGCCUAUAACGGUGCAUCUUCUAUCACUGCUUAUAGUGGAGUCGUGAUCUUCAGUUUGUAUAAUCAAAGGGUCACAUGACACAAAGUAAGAGUGUGCCUCUUAGGAUAUAAUGCACUACACAAGUCGUAUUUAUAUUAAAACACAGUGUCGGAGUGUGAAGAGGGCGUUUAAAAGGUUUCCAGUGGUACUCGGUGUGGAGGGAAAGAUUGUGAUCAAAUGUAAAGGAGGUGUUUUUAAAGUUCGGCUCACUUAUCUUUUUGGAAAAGUUCACAAACUGUUUCAAAUUCAGUUCACACUUGGGUGUCAGCUGCACUUUGAAUGACAGAAUCGACCCUUACUGUUCACGGACCCGACACUGGUUUCUCCGGCUGUGUGGGCUCGCUGCAGUAUUUCUACCUCCACGUGAGUUGGGAUGAGAAUGUGCUUUGGUUUCAUAUAAAGCCUUAACCAGAGGAGCACUGAUGUAUAGGAUGUGUACACUACAUUUGUAAUGGUACUGUUUUAUAAGCCAAAACACGGUAAAUAGACUUGUUUUUGUAAAGAUGAACUGCCGUUGUUUUUUUUUUUACCAGAACAGCUAGAAGUGUUAAACUUAACAUCAUGAUGGGUGUUUCAGUUUUUUUUCUUUUUUUUUUUUGGAUGUAUGCAAAAUGAUGUCUGGAACACACUAAGGUUAUCUACGGUGCACUGGGGUUUUUGCCUGUUAACACUAACAAACUAUCCAGCUGACACUUUUUUUUUCUUUUGUUCUAUGUAAUAUUUUCGAUAUUCUUUUUUUUUUUUGGUACACGACUACCAGCAAUUUUUAUUUUGUUGUGAAUCUUAUUUGACACUUUCACGCCCCCUCCUGACAGGAUCAUGUUUAUCCAUGUAUGAUUUGACUCUGUAUCACGAAACUAAGAUUCAGUUUUAAGCAAGAUCAUCUAACAUUCACUGUGUGGUCGGCCAAACGUGUUUUUAUGUUUUAGGAGUUGUAUUUCUUUCCUGUCUGUGUAUUUUGGUUGGCCGUGCCUCAUCACUCCUUUGGUCAAGUCUGCUCAGUGAAUGAAAUCUGUGCCUUUAUGCUGUACCAAUAAAAUCACAUGGUGUUUGCAGAA